AUGAUUGAGCAAACAAAAGUUCUAUCUACCUUAUCAGUAACAGAGUUGAUGGGAUCACUUGAAGCUUAUGAGAAAAGGUUGAAUAGGCAUGAUGAGGACUCAACUGAAAAUUUCUUUCAAUCAAAGCUCAAAUUAUGGUCUCAAAAUAAAGAUAAAAGGAAUAAUGGAGAAACUUCUAGAAAUAAAGAGAAUUCUAGAAAUUUCUCUAGAAAUUAUCGGAAUGAAUAUCCUCUAUGCGGCAUUUGCAAGAGGACAAAUCAUGCCGAGAAAGAAUAUCGUGGAAAGCCACAAUGUCGCCAUUACAAUAAAGUUGGACAUGUGAGAAGUAUUGUCGCAAAAAAAAUAAGCAUAAAGCAAACUUUGCUGAAGAGAAAGAUGGUGAGCAACAUCUUUUCUAUGCUAGCCAAGAUUCUAAUAGUGAAAACAAGUGAAAAUUGGUACUUGGAUAGCGGUUGCAGCAAUCAUAUGGCCAAAGAUGCAAGCAUCUUCAAGGAUAUUGACGAAUCCGUCAAAGUGAUAGUCCAAAUAGGGAACGACACUGUCAUUGAAUCAAAAGGAAAAGGCACAGUUAUGGUGGAGACGAAGAAAGGUACAAGACUUAUUACUAAUGUUCUACUAGUUCCCAAUCUCAAAGAAAAUCUCUUGAGCAUUGGCCAAAUGAUGGAGAAAGGUUAUACUCUCCAUUUCGAAGGAGACACAUGUAAAAUAUAUGACAAUAAAAAACUAGAGAUUGGUCGAGUAAAAAUGGAGAACAGGAAUAGAAGAAGUAGACGACUCAUGGCUUUGGCAUCGAAGAUUUGGCCACUCACUACAAGAAAAUUGUGA